AUGGAAGAAGAAGCUGUCCUUCUGCACAUUCAAGCCAUGCCAUCCACUUCAACCGCCCCAUCCUCCACAGAACCCAAUGCACAGAAGAACACUGUAGAAGGUUCCGGAGACAACCAGAAAAGGGCGAAGCGAGAGCGACGAUUCUCUUAUGAUUACGACGCAGGCCAACGCUACCGUGGAGUUCGCAUUCGUCAAUGGGGAAGAUGGGUGUCUGAGAUCAGAGAGCCCAAGAAGAAAUCCAGAAUCUGGCUCGGCACUUUCUCUACGCCGGAGAUGGCGGCUCGAGCUCAUGACGUUGCGGCUCUUACUAUCAAAGGCUCCUCUGCUUUCCUCAAUUUCCCUGAAUUGGCCCCAUAGCUUCCACGUCCGGCCACCGGCUCCCCGAAGGACAUCCAAGCCGCAGCCGCCAAAGCCGCUGCUCUCACCCAUCAUCAUCGUCAAUCGCAACCCCAACCCGAAGGGUCGACCAGUGAGGAUGACCCAUUCUUCGACCUCCCUGAUCUCUUACUUGAUAUGAAUUACGGUGUUCAUGAUUUUCAUCGCUCGCUGCCGUGGACUGUGGCCGGAGCUGAAUGCCUUGAACCCCCAGCUAUCUGGUCCGAAGAUUCUCUUAUCCUGCGGGAAUUGUAUUAGAGAUCAGGCUGAGGUCAUGAUGCCUCCUCUUAUCGGAGCCAAGUACAAUGAUCAACAAAUUACUAUGAAGUACGUGCCGUAGAUGCAUUCUUAAUUUGUAUGAUGAUUUCUAUGACAGGAUCGAGCUCCUUUGA